AUUAUUUUUGGAAAAAGCUCUUGUCGAAGAUUCGGACGCAGAACACAUUACAGAGAUCAGAAAAUUACAGAACACAUUACAGAGAUCAGAACAUUACUGUUAUAACAGAAUACAUUACAGUUAUAAUAUUCAAAUUUUAGAUCAAAAUAUUGAAAUGAUACUUCUUGAAGAAUCAGAUUUGUAUGCAAUCAUCUACUAUUUAAAAAUGAGAAAUAUUGUGUCUUCUUUAAAAAAAAUUUGGGUCCAAGAAUCAAUAAAACAAGUUUUUCAAUGGCAUAUAAAGAAAUAUCUUGGACAUUUAAAUAUUCCCAUUUGUACAUUUCAAUCAAAGCAAGAAUUACUUAUGUCAGAAAUUAUUUCUACCGAAAUAAAAUUACUUUCCAUAUGGUCAGAAGAUAUUGUAGAUGCAAGAAAUUUUGCAAUGUCCUUCAAGAGACAUGUUAUUUUCAUAAAUACACAUAUGAAUUUUUGCGCUGGGAUCUUAUUACCAUACACAAAACCAUUUUGCUAUUACAAAAUCGGCUUUAUAUCUGAAGAUGAAACAAAUGCAAAGUACGUAAAAUACAAAGCAGAUAAAAGUUAUAUUUAUUAUAAUUUAUUUUAUAAUGGCAUGUGGAAGAAACCUGUGAAAAAUAUGUAUUAUAUGCAUAAUAAUUUUUUCUUGGCAAAUGCAACAAGUGAAGAUUUUGAGAAAUGUUUAAACUCAGCUACACAAGGAUUUAAAGUUUGGAAUGCUAUGCCUGUCAGUAAUAGAAUGUAUGUAUUACACCAUCUUGUAUCAACAUUAGAAGCCCAAGGUGAAUCUUUAUUAGCGAAUGUAGUAUCAAAAUGGUUAAAAUUGCCAUAUUAUUGUAUAAAUCAAUUGACUCGUCAUGAAACUGAUCAAUUUGAAGUAACAAAAAUUCGUGAAUCAAGAGGUGUUAUUAUUCUUGAAGAAAAAGAGAAAAUGACUAUGUUUCGUGAAUUAACACAAAGUUUAAUUACUGGCAAUUCUGUUAUUGUGAUAUGUAAUCCAGAUGUGUGUACUCUAACACAUUAUUGUGACAUGUUUUCAACAGCUAUGAUACCACCGGGUGCUAUAAAUCUCUUGUCAAGUAAUGUCAUAGUGGACAUUAAAUAUAAUAAUCUUGCAGAUUUAAAGCCAGAAGAAGUAUAUGCACAUCUCACUCUAAACAAGCAUAUUGUAAUCUGCCUUAAAUAGCAUAGCAUGUAUCUCAAUAUUCACGAGUUAUAGUAUGAUUUUUUAUAGAAAUGCGUAUAUAAGUUGUAAACACA